CCCAUCGUCUUCCCUUUUUCUCCUCUUGAAACUUCUCUGCUCUUCUCUUCUCUUCUCUUCACCUCUCUCUCUGUCUCUUGAACGGAAGGAUGAGAAAACCUUGUUGUGACAAGCAAGACACGAACAAAGGGGCGUGGUCGAAGCAAGAAGACCAGAAGCUCAUCGACUACAUUCGCAAGCACGGCGAAGGAUGCUGGCGGACUCUUCCUAAGGCCGCUGGUCUACUUCGUUGCGGGAAGAGUUGUAGGCUGAGAUGGAUAAACUAUUUGCGGCCUGACCUCAAAAGAGGCAACUUUGCUGAGGAUGAAGAGGAUCUUAUCAUCAAGCUUCAUGCUCUUCUAGGCAACCGAUGGUCGCUAAUUGCUGGGAGAUUGCCCGGACGAACCGACAAUGAAGUGAAGAACUAUUGGAACUCGCAUUUGAGGAGGAAACUCAUAAACAUGGGCAUUGAUCCUAACAAUCACCGGCUAAACCAGACUCCACCUCGCCUUGAGACCUCGAACAAUGUCUCCGUUAGCACGACUUCUUCUGGAUUGAAGAUUCAUCUAAGUCCGCGGCAAAAAUCCCGCAGCGGCGACAAAGAGCAGGUGUCAGAUGCUGGGAGUUGCCUGGACGAUGAACCUAGCAGGUUGCCCGACUUGAACCUCGACUUAACAAUCAGCAUGCCGUCUCCUCUGCCCGCAAAGAUUGAGAAGGAGAGAAACACUAGUUCUUACAAGCAUGGCAUGCCCAGGGACUCGGAAAUUGCUCCAUCAUCCACUCUGGUUCUCUUCAGAUAACCAACCGUGCAGACCAAUUAAUCAUUAGGCAGAUUAGAUUGAGCAGGCCCCUGAUGAAUAUUUGAAAAUUAGGGCAACCUAGCUGAGGUGAUUCAAUGACUAUAUGUGGUAUGCUGUUUCGCGACAUACAUUGAUUUCUGAAGUCUAAAUCAAUCGGCAAGGAUUGAUAUGAUACAUUAGCUUAAUACGAUAAACUAUCUCACAGAAGUAAUGGGGUCGAGCCGGACAAGGGUUGAAUCAUAUCGACCCACUUCUGUAGAGAAUUUUAAGCAUAAUCUCUGGAGCGGAAUGGGCAUAGAUGAUGUACUGCCAAGCUAGGACCAUUGGAUUAACAAGGGAUUACUGGGAGCUUGCGGUUGUAAAUCUAAUCAGUUAGAUAGGGAGGUGGAUUCGAUUGUGUUAAACACAAAUGUACUCGAGAUCUACCAUAGACAUAUAUAUGUUAACGAUUGAAAUGUAUCAGGUGCUAAUCACUGAAUUUAUAUGGUCCUUAAAGUUUUUGCCUUUG